GACGGAGAGCAAAGGGGAACAAAAGCUUAUCCAGACACUAAACUUCAAAUGACUGUCUGAAGGCGAAAUUCUUCAAUUCGAAGAAGAUGUCACUUCUCUCUUUCAAUUCUCUCGCUCCUCUCUCUUCUCUCUCUUCUCAAAGGCUUCAACUUUCGUCUUCCUCUUCACCAGUUUUCAUCCUUAAACCCAGCACCGUCGAGUCAAAGAACAGAGUCUCACUCAGUGCGUACAGCUUGAGCAUUAGCCAUGGAAGAGCAGCGAUUGUGAAGGCAGCUUCUUCUGGCGUGGACGGAGCUGAGCCUGAGAGCAAUGAGGAACCACCUAAGACUGUUGUUGCUGCUGUUCCUGUGGAUAAACUGCCGUUGGAGUCGAAAGAAGCUAAAGAGAAGCUGCUGCUGGAACAGAGGAUGAAGAUGAAGCUGGCCAAGAAGAUUAGGCUAAGGAGGAAACGUCUGGUUCGUAAGCGUAAGUUGAGGAAGAAGGGUCGAUGGCCACCUUCCAAGAUGAAGAAGCUCAAGAAUGUUUAGACAUGAUGAUGAUAUGACUGGUUCUUUGCUGUCUUUUUUUUUUUAAUUCAACUUUUCUUGUAAUGUUGUUUGUAAACUUUCUGGAACCAUUUUUAAUGCCUUUUGAAAUGCAACCAUUGUUCUUUUGGAUUA